AAAAUCAAAAUUUGACAAAAACCAUCAAUUUCACCUAAUUUCCAACUAAUUCCCUUAUUAUUAAUUAUCGAAAUGGACCGUGAUAAUUACAAAUAUGAUCCAAACUUACUUGCACCACCGGGAGCUGGAAAUAGAGAAGCAGGUGGUCAACCAGGAGGAGAAAACCAACCUGCGGGUGCAACUCUUCAACCAAGAUUAUCGAGAAUGUUCCACUUACCAACCGGAUUAAGUAUAGGAAGAUAUAGUUUUAGCGCAAAAGGUUAUCGAAAAUUAGAGGUCGAACCAGACCUUCAAAAACGAGCGAGUAUUCUGUUACCUCAUCUCCAAGAACCCGAAAAACGUUUCUUUGAAUUAGUCGCAACAAACGAACUUCAACGCGUUAAAGAAUUUCUUUUAGACAAUCCAACUUUUAAUAUAAACUGUGUUAACUUUCAAGGUGUUUCAGCGCUUCAUAUUGCCGUGCAAAACCAUGCGGAUCAAAUGGUUGAAUUUUUACUUCAACAACCGAAUAUUGAUAUCGGCGAUUGUGUUUUAAUCGCAAUUCGGGAUAAUGACAUAAAAAUUUUGCAAUUAUUAUUGAAUAAGUUACAAGAAAUUGCGCCUGGAUUAGAAUUUGUUGGUGUUACGAAUAGCUCGGAUUUUCCGGAUUACGUGACCCCUAUGAUUUUAGCCGCUCAAUGUGGACAUUUUGAAAUUAUUGAAUUAUUAAUUGAACGUGGACAUAAACUUAUUAAACCUCAUCUACCCAAUUGUCGUUGUAUCGAUUGCGUACAAAUUUACGAAUUAAGUGAUUUAUUACAUGGGGAGACUUUAAGAUUAAAUUUGUAUCGAGCUGUUACUAACCCAGCAUAUAUUUGUCAUUCAACACACGAUCCGAUAUUAACAGCUUUUGAAUUAUCUAAGGAAUUAAAAAGUUGUGCUACAAUGGUAGCUGAAUUUAAAGCGGCUUAUAUAGAUUUAUCGGAAGAAAUAUCAAAUUUCGCAGUUGAUUUAAUUGCUUGUUGUCGAAGUACCGAAGAGGUUGAUAUGAUUUUAAAAAAUCCAACUGGGGUUCAUAUGGCGGGACAAUUUCUUUAUCCCAGAUUAAAAUUGGCUAUGGAUUAUAAACAAAAACGAUUUGUAGCUCAUCCCAACACACAACAAAUAGUUGUAAUGACUUGGCAAGGAGAUUUUUAUGAUUGGAAGUUUAAACCUUUCGUCGUCAAAUUAUUUUAUCCUUUUUUUCGACUUUUAUUGAUACCUUUAGUGACGAUUAUGUGUAUAAUUAUGCCAAAUCAUAGUUUGGUUAAACAUUAUUCGAUUCCGCUAAAUAAAAUGUUAACACAUACUGCUUCUUAUAUGGUGUUUUUGGUGAUUAUCUUCUUAGAGUCGAAUAUGAAUAAGAAAAGUAUGAAGCGGGGAGCCCCAGAUUCAGGGUUAGAGCCGAUUAUAAUCGUUUUUGUGGCCAGUUUGAUUUGGAGUAGUCUUCGUGUGUGCUUAAUAAUGGGACCCAUGCGUCAUUUUGCCCAACUUUGGAAUUGGUUUGAUUUGGUUAUGUACGUUUUGUAUAUUGUUACUUUUAUUUUUUGGUUGGCAGCAUCGAUAGAUGUUCAACAAAACGAUCAAGCCGAUUUAGAACGCAAAUAUUGGCACCAUUUGGAUCCUACGUUAAUAGCUGAAGGAACUUUUGCGAUCGCUGUGGUUAUGUCGUUUUUUCGAAUGCUAAAUUUGGUGAGAUUACAUCAACACAUGGGACCUUUACAAAUUUGUAUGGGAAAAAUGAACGCUGAUAUUGGGAAAUAUUUAUUAAUUUUUGCCUUAAUUAUUAUAUCCUUUACGUGUGGGACUUGUAGAUUGUAUCAUUACUACGAAGGGAUGGUUCAAACUGAUAAAAGUACCGGAAUACAAAAAUCCCAAGAAGAUUCCUUUGUAAAUUUCGCAGGAGCAUUAAAAACGUAUUUUUGGGCAAUUUUUUGUAUGUCAGAUUUAUCUUCGGGAGAUGUUGUUAUCGAAACUUUACCCGGUGAAGUUGAAAACACCUACAUCGUUAACGAACAUAGUUUUACGGAAGCUGUUGGACAUACCGCUUUCGCAAUUUUUGAAAUUUUAAUCGUUAUCAUUUUAUUAAACAUGCUUGUUGCGACUAUGUCCACCACAUUUCAAAAAGUCACCGAUAACGUUAACGUUGAAUGGACUUUUGGUAAAACGGAAUUAUACAUAAACUUUAUGCACCAAACGGUUUUACCACCGCCGUUAAAUCUUAUUCCUACAGCCUCGGGGGUUACUCAUACCCUCGAUUGGAUUCAUGUUUUUAUAAAAACCCACCACGAGAAAACCGCAAAAUUCACUUUAACUAAUUGUUGCUACAUUGAGAGACACCCCGAUGCAAAAAUGAUGAAGGAUUUCCCUGUUUUGAUGACGCAACUCGUUCAGAGAUAUUUUAGAGAGAAGGAUGUCGCUAAUGAAGGGAAUCAAUUGGGGGAAAUUGAGGGAAUUAGAGCUGAAAUUGCUGAUAUUAAAGGACUUUUAAAGGAGGCUUUUGCUUCUUUUGCUAUGGAUUUACCUCCAGAUCAAUAACUUGAUUUUUAAAAUAGUUUAUGUAUUUUUUAAUUAUAAUAUAUAAGUUUACAUAAGAAUAUAAAGUUAUUGAGUGAGGUGAGUAGAUUAGAUAUCUUUGGUAUUCCUCCUGAAGAAAGAGUUAAAUGUUGUCUUUUAAAAAUAGUACAAAAAUAUUGAGGUUAAUUUGUCAAAUUUGACGGUUAGUAAGGCUACGUUCAAAUAAUUUACUGUUAAAAACGAAGGAUUAAUUCAAAAUGUGUUAAUGAAUCAUAUUUUAUUAUUUUUCAUUUUAAAACUCCGAAUAUCUUAAUA